AUGACGACUGAAUUAACCGAUACCGUUUUUAACUGCAGUCCAAAUCUCAGCCACUGUGACAGUCUAAAUUCAAUCGAUCUUUCACCUGAUGCCUUGGCUGCUUUUGGUACUGAGCAUUCAGCUGAUAUCAACUAUCGCGUCGAAUUAGCUCGCCAUAUUGCUCGGACAUUCGAUGAUGCUGAUCAAAUUAUUCUCUUCGACGACGUUGCCAUUCAAAUACUUGGCGCAGAUCCUCGCUGUUUUGCUGAUCUACGUGGUUACGAUCGUUCACUUCUUCCUGCUCUCUGGUUAUCAACGGGAUUUCGUUGUGGCGGUCGAAUACUUGUUUAUGCACCGCCAAAUCCUAUUGAGUUGGGAAUGUACUUGAAACUGAAACAUCUGAUCGAACAACAUCUCAAAAGAAAUAUACCUAUUAAAAUACUCUACGAAGAUUCUGCUGGUCAUUUGCACGAAUUAAUCCGAUUGUUCGAAGAAAAUCCACAGGAAUACAUGAUCGUUUGUGAAAAAUUCGUCGAACGAUCUCCUGAUGAAUUCUAUCCAGAAUAUCAUGUUCGGGGAAGUAGCAAAAUGUCGAAACUAAAAUGUCGAAGGUAUAAUGUCGACAAAAAAAUGUCGAAAGUAAAAUGUCGACCAAAAAAAAAUGUCGAUGGAUAA